AUGAGUGGUCCGUAUGCCAGACAGGGAUAUACACCGCUUUGUCACUGCCUUACAUUCAAUCAGUAUGAUGUGGCUCGUCUCCUCCUAGCGCAGGAGAGACUCGAUCCCAAUCUCGGUCCAACAGAUGAGUUUCCGCUUUUAUGUGCUGUGAUUCUUAAUUUGCAAGACAUUGUGGAACUGUUACUAUAUUUGAAGCAGCUCGAUGCCAACAAGCAGACUAGCGAUGGCACGACCCCUAUAUUGGAGGCGAUUGAUGUAGGUAAUCCAGAAGUGAUAAAGAUGCUUGCGAAAACUGGUGCCAACCCAGACAUUGAAACGAGUCAGGGCAGAACAGCGAGACGGCAAGCAUUAGCUGCAGGUGUUCGUGUUAAAUGGAGGACUCAGCCGGUAUGA